AUACUUAGCGCAUACCGGUGCGUUAUCUCCUGCAGAGGAAAGGUGAAUUACUUGGAAGUAAAUAUUCGAGCUCUUCUGGCUUGUUUGAUCCACUGAUUUUCCGGAAAAUAGUACCAUGGGAAGCAAAGAAAAGGAAGCGAUUGUGAUUGUUCUAGAUGUUGGUCAUUCUAUGAACCAAGCUCCUCCUGGCAGCUGUACGACCCUUGAGACAGCACGGGAUGUCAUCACCAUGAUACUCCAGAGGAAGGUGUUCUCCGAGUCUAAAGAUGAGGUUGCCCUUAUCCUCUUUGGCACUCCAGGGUCGGCCAACAAGCUGGACUAUGAUAACAUCACAGUGGAAAGACCGUUCAGACUAGCUGAUCUUGAUCUCAUUCAACACAUAAGGUCUAAUAUUCAACCAAGCCAGGAAUCAGGAGACUUUGUUGAUGCUCUAAUUGUGGCCAUGGAUAUAAUCCAUGAUGCUAUUUCAGACAAGUCAUCAAAGUUCACAAAGAAUCGCAUCAUCCUCUUUUCAGACCUUGGAGGAGAGUUUGCUGAUGAUAAGCUACAGAACGUCACCGAUAGCCUCAAAGCCAUGAAGACAGAAGUUAACAUGAUUGGACUUCAGUUUGAUAGCUUGGAUGGGGGUAGCGGCGAUGGUGGUGAUGCCCGGGAUCAACCAUCUACCAGCCGAGGUCUAGGGUCAAGGAAGCAGAAAACCCCACAACAGAGGGCAGGAGAGAGGCUGGUACUAAGCAUUGUAGAAGAAGUGAAUGGAGCCAUCUAUUCAUUUGAUGAGGUGAUACCAGCUGUGACCAUGUUUGAGAAGAGAGCUGUCAGACCUACACCAUGGAAGGUCAAUCUAGAGGUCGGAUCAGAACUCAAAAUUCCAGUCUCUGGUUUUCUCAAGGUAAAGGAGGCAAGCCCCAAAAGCUGGAAGUCCACAUUCCAUAAAGGUGCUAGAGAGUUCACCCCUCAGACCAUCCGCUCCCAGCAUCUUAACGAUGAUGAAGAGACAGAAGUAGAAAAGGAUGACCAAGUUGAAGGUUAUCGCUAUGGCAACGACAUCAUCCCCAUCUCCGAAGAGGAUAAGAAAAACAUGGAUUACAAGAAACCUGGGAAAGUCAUGCAAGUUCUUGGGUUCACAAAAGACAGUAGGAUAAAAAGGCAUCAACAAAUGGGGAACAGCGUGUACAUAUUCUAUGCACAACCUGAUGACCAGGCAGCUUCGAUGUCUUUCUCAGCUCUGGUCAAUGCUCUUUAUGAAACAAAUUCAGUAGCCAUCGUAAGGAGAGCGUACUCGGCCAGUAGCAAUCCAAGGCUAGGAUGUUUGAUACCCCACAUCAAAGCUAAUUAUGAGGCUCUGUUCUACAUUGAACUUCCAUUUGCUGAAGACCUCAGGAUGUAUACCUUCAUGUCCUUGGACAAUAACAAGAAAUGUCAGCCAUCAGAAGAGCAACUAGCAGCGGUUGAUGGUCUCAUUGACAACAUGGAUUUAAUGACAGCAGAAGAGGAUGAAGAUGAAAAGACGGAAGCUUUGAAACCCAAGAACACCUUGAAUCCCUACACUCAAAGAUUAUGUCAGUGCCUUAUGUAUCGAGCAUUGAACCCAGAGGAAGCCUUGCCUGGUAUAGAGCGAGCUAUGGAUGCCUUCCUUCAGCCAUGCAGGGCUGUAGCCGUUCAAUGUGAACCACAGGUUGAAAGGAUGAGGGAGCUCUUCAAGCUGGAGAAAGCUAAAGCCAAGGAAGCAGUCACAGGAGACAGCAUGUGGAAAGCCAGUAAUGAUGGCGACGGAACAGAGGAACCAGCCAAUAAGAAGGCAAGGUUGGAUGAUGCAGUCAAUGGAGAUCUCAGUAUGGCUGGAAUGGCAAGAGGAGUUAUCACGGAGGUCGGUACAGUCGAUCCAGUUGGAGAUUUCAAGACGAUCAUCUCACAGAAGGAUGAGGAUAGAUUCAAGGAAGCUGCUGAACAGAUGGGAAAAAGAAUCCUACUGCUGGUCAAAGAAUCGUUUGGUUCACAACUCUACGGCAAAGCCAUGGACUGUCUCAGGGUUUACAGGGAACAAGCUAUUCAGCUGAGUGAACCAGAAUCAUUUAAUAAUUAUCUCAGGAAAUUGAAAGAUGAACUCAAAGAACUUUUGAAAGUUGAUUUCUGGCAAGAUUUGACCAAAGAUGGACUCACACUGAUUGAUGUUACAGAAGCAAGUGACAGCACUGUAUCGAAAGAGGAAGCUGAGAAGUUUAUUCAGGAGGAGGAAGUCCCAAUGGAAGAAGAGCCAGCUGCAGCCAAUGAGGAAGAAGAUGCCGAUGAUUUGCUUGAUAUGUUGUAACAUCUUGAACUAUGUGAUCAGCUCAGAACCAGGUGACAUUCACUUCCCCUUAAUCUAAAAGGGUCAUAUUUUCAACAGGUAGAUAUGUGAAAAAAAAGACAUUGAUCUUUAAACAUGAAAUUAUUUUCUUAGUCGGAUGUGCAUCAGCUUUCAUGGGGAAAUUGACUAUUAUUUGCUGCUCCCAUACGUUGUGAAAGCAUUGGAAAUACCUGUAACAGAGACAUCUUUCGAAGGAAGCAAACUUAGUGUACCAGCAAAAAGUCAUUCUACAAACCUCAGGUCAGGGAAGGUGAGAUAAUGACCUAAACAACAGGCAGUUUUCAGUUGCAUCACAUUAUGUCUGCUGGUAAAAAAAACUUACUCUGUGUGAUUUAUGUCCGUAUGCUGUCAAAUUCCCAAGAAAAUUGAUGAUUUUCUCCCUUUGAUUGCAAGAUGUAUAAUGCGAUUUUUCAAGUCCUUUGAUCAUAGUAUUCUAUCAAUUUACCUUGUGCAGAAGCACCAUUAUGUUCAAAAGCUAUUGAACCCCACCACAAAAUUCACUCCUUCAUGCUGUGUGUUGAAUGGAGAUAACAACACUACAAUGUCUGGCGAGCUCAGCGAAACAAACUUUAUUAAAUGUAAUAUUUUAUCACCUU